AUGGUAAUGGGAAAAAAUGAUGUCAAUCAGAUUGCUGACAACGUGCGCGUUGUUCAUGCCGGAUGCGGCGUGAACGCCUUAUCCGGCCUACAAAUUCUCAAGCAUUCAAUCAGUUGCAAUGCCUUAUAUAGGCCUGAUAAGCGAAGCGCCUCUGGCAAUUAUACGUUUGUCACCAUCACAUCAGUUCGGGCACUUAUAAACCUGACCGAUAAUCUGGCUAUCCGUCGGGACAAAACUGGACAACAUUCCCUGCGACGGGCUGCUGAUGCCAUAAAUCACGUUACCGCCCAUUGCAGCCGCCUGGUUGCGCAGAUCGUUUGCUGCGC